AUGGACGGAGAGCGCAAGAGGCCUGCUGGAGCAGCAGGAAAGGACGAUGACCCUGCCAGGCCCUCCAAAAAACACCAAACGAAUAUCAGCGACUUCUUCGCGAAGCGGCAGGCCCCGAGCUCGACGGGCGCCGGCGGCCCUGCUCCGCCGGCCGCGGGCCAGUCCGCCCCCCCGACGACGAACACGCCCAUCGUCGUGUCGGACUCGCCCAUCGUCGUGUCGGACUCGCCCAUCGUCGUGUCGGACUCGUCCGCGCACGGCUCGCAGGCUGCGAGCGACAGCAACGACGACGGCGAGUGGGGCGACACGAACGAGGGGCUCGACGCUGUGUUGGCGGAGAUCCAGGACGACGGAGACCUGGAACAGAGGUACCAGGCCGCGAAGCUUUACUUCCGCUCGAAACGCGUCGACCGCUGGGUCGAGGACACGCUGGCCAGGAUGGAGCCGGACGAGCGCGAGGCGAUGCAUCCUGCCGUCGAGACCGCCGGCAAGCUCGCCGCCGUCCUGUACGGCAACAUGGUGAGCUGCGACGCCACCUUGGAGGACCGCGGCAGCAUCACGAAGGCCCAGCGUUUGACGUGGGGGGACUUCGACGAGCUGUUCCCCUGCGCCGCGGACCUGCUCCUGGAGCAGGUCGCGACCGAGGUCGUCGCCGGCGUCCGCACCCCGCUGAUCCCGCUCCACGUGCUGGACGGGUACACGCGGGACCAGCUCGACAUGGUGCACUCGGGGCGCACGUGCGCGACGUGCAUCACGGCGGACCGCACGCGUGCGGUCAGCCACAAAGAGGCGCUGCGGAAGCGCGCCAUCAUCUACUGCGACCUCCCUUUCAACUGCCUCCUCGGGGACUCCCAGUGGUCCUACCGGACCCUGGGGCCCAUCGACGAGAUCCUCCAGUGGAUUAACGACAGCGCGCUGGUGGAGCAGCUCAAGAAGAUGGGCAACCCCUUGUACGAGCUCGUCGUCGAGGAGGAGCCGGAGCUCUUCGCGGUGCUGAUGCACAUGCUGGACGCGCGUGUGCAGCACCUGCAGCAGGGCGACGCGAGCGGCAAGGGCCCGGACACGCUGGCCAAGGAGCGCCGCAUCAUCGUCGCGGCGCUGCUCGUGCAGCUCCUGGGGCCGACCGGUCACCUGGACCUGGUCGGGCUGCCGAUGGUGGUGGGGGUGUUUGGGCCGAGGAGCUCGCGCUCCAAGGGGAACUAUCUCCAGAUGGUCCCGGACGCGCUGAUCGGCCAGCUCGGGCACGUGCUGCCGAACCUGCUCGCGAUGUCCAACGCCCUGAACGCACUAAAGUUCACGGACGGGCUGGACCGCGCUCUCCAGCGGGCGCGCAGGAUCGCCUCGCUGUGGUGCGCGAGGCGCGACCUGCCCGACGGAGACCCGGGCUGCUUCCCCGCGGCCAUCCGCGACCGCAUCUGGCCGCCGGCCGACGCGGACGUCCCCGAGCGCCGCGUCCUCUUCGAGGCGAACCCCCCGGGGACGCCGCUGGGGGGGCUCCACGACCGGGGCGAGCGCGCGAGGACGGGCCGCGCGAAGAUCAAGGAGCUCAUGCGGGCGCGGCUCCGGCACUACGACGGCCACCAGGGCGCCGGCGACGACAGGCCCCGCGCGCAGCUGCUCAGCACGCUGCUCUGGCCCGAGUAUGGGCUGUGCCCCCACCACGAGCUAUGCGUGCGCGCGGACUUCGACCUCCCGCCCUGGGACGAGGACACGAAGCUCGUCAACGUGAUCACGACGCACGGGGCGAACCAGUGCCUGCUCCUGAGCGCUGUGCCCGGGGACGCGACCCAGUUCCUCGACGCGCUGAACGACCUGGGCUAUUGCUGGGCCUGCGGAAACCCCCGCGGCGACCGCGUGGCGGUCAACGGCGGCCGGGGGCGCGGCGCGGCGCAGAAGCCCGAGGGGACGAACGCUGGCAGGAUUCCAGGAUCUGGUGGCCUCUGCAAGAGGUGCUACCAGAACGACUGGAACGACACCAAGAAGCUUCAGGCCAAGGCAGCGCAGGCCAAGGCAGCGCAGGGCGCGGCGGCGCAGGAGUGA